AUUUGCUGCAGUUUUAGACAUCGUCAAUGUUAACAUACUGUAGGCAGAACUGCGGUUCUUGGCAAACGCCUGAUUGUUUAUUAUUGGCACCGUUGUGCUUUCCAAAGUGCCUCAUUGAAUCCCGCCAUUCACUACAGUAUAUAUGACUUUUCAUCAGCAUAUGCACGACUAAUGUAGUGCGGUGCAUGAAUUCUUAAACUUGUUAUUAUAGUAAUUUCUUAACCAUUUCAAAAAUGGCUGUGGUGGUACCAGAUGGUUAUACCAUGGUAAAUUAUCGUAUUCCUGUACCAUUCUGGUAGUUACAAGAACACACUGAUGCUGAGCAGAGCAUGGAGGGACACACUCCUGUCCCAGAAAAUCCUCAUGCAGAAUAUGGCCUCACUGAAAACAUCCAGAGAAUAGUGGAGAAUGAGAAAACAACUGCUGAAAAAGUCACCAAACAGAAGGUGGACCCGCAGACCCUGCAGACGCUUCCUACACGAGCCUAUCUGGAUCAGACUGUGGUUCCUAUUCUCCUGCAGGGCUUGUCAGUUCUGGCCAAGGAAAGGCCUCCAAAUCCCAUAGAGUUUUUAGCGGCAUUCUUACUGAAGAACAAGUCCCAGUUUGAGGAACGGAAUUAAAGGCACAGCGUGCUGCGGAAGAUUUAGGAUUUCAUUUUUUUUGUGUUGUGAAUUUAAAUGUAACACUCUUCACAUUGUUUGUUUGCCAAGGUUACAGUACGUUUUUAACUCUAAUAAAAUGUUCAAGCAGUGA